UUCCGAAACCGUUUAGUCGAGCACCUGAAGCGGAUCGCCCGCCCGACCGACAACACCUUCGGGCCAUUCGUUCGACGCCGCCACGCGCCCCACGCUUCGUCGGCGUCAAGAGUUCGACGUCGUGUUCACUGGGGCCCUACAGCUCGCACCCAGAGGCAUCCGCUUGAGGGGCUCGGAAAACGCAAGAUUUCAACAACAACAUGUGGCGGCAAGCGUUGCUGGUUCUAUGCACAGCGCACCUAUUGAGCGCGCACGCUGAUGAUGAUGAGGACAAGAAACCCGUGGUAUGUUACUACUAUGGCGAGGCCAUGACGCGGCCGAGCCCAAUGAACUACCGCGUCUCGGACAUCCCGGGACACCUGUGCAACUACGUGACCUUGGCCUUCGUCACCAUGAACUCCGAGACGUUCGAGAUCGAGUCCAGCAUGUCGGCCUACCUCAACAACACUGGCUUGUACGAGGAGUUCACGUCAAUAAAGAAGAAGUACUCGCAUAUAAAGACGCUCGUUUCGGUCGGAGGCUGGGAGUACGGACACAGCGUAUUCUCACGAAUGGUCAGCCGCACCGUAAGCAGGCGGAGGUUCGUGAAGAGCGCCGUGCGCUGGAUGCGCCAUUACGGCUUCGAUGGUCUGGACAUAUCGUGGCAGUACCCGGGCACGAUGGUGCGAGGAGGCAGCCACAGCGACAAGGAAAACUUUGUCCUCGUCAUGAAGGAACUCAAGUCGGAAUUCCUGAAGUACGACUUCAUGCUCUCGACCACCAUUCCCAUUGAUCCAAUGCUCCUCAAGACAGGUUUCAACGUGGCAGCUUUGUCGAGGUACGUGGACUGGUUCAACGUGUUUACGCACGACCUCCGCGGCACGUGGACGGGUUACACGGACGUGCACAGCCCGCUCAGGAAGCGCUGUUUCGACAAGGGACAAUACGCAGCUCUUAACGCGGAGGACGGCCUGAACAGGCUCGUGAAGAUGGGCGCACCCAAGAAGAAGCUGAUGCUGGGCAUCCCCUUCUACGGCCGCAGCUACACGCUGCUCGACCCGCGACGACACGCACUUGCUGCGCCCACACGCAGAGACGUACACGCCGUACCAGGACCGUACGUCAUGUCGGACGAGAUACUGGCCUACUACGAGGUUUGCAUGGACAUAACAAUGCUCUCUUGGAGGCGGGAGUACGACGAAAUUGGCCAGUGUCCUUACGCCUACCGCGGUGACCAGUGGGUUGGUUACGAGGACGAGGAGAGCAUCUCUGCUAAGGUGGACUUUGUGCUGGAACAGGACUACGGGGGAGUAAUGGUGUUCAACAUCGACAUGGAUGACUUCAACGGUGUGUGCGGGGUCAAGAAUCCGCUGCUUAACUCCGUAUGCCGGAAGUUCAACGAAGGACGCUUGAUCGACCCACGCAUAGGCUAAGGCAAA